AAAAAGAAGACGAAGCUUAACCUCAAAAUUGAUUUAAAUAUACAAAAUGUCUACAAUUUUAAUGUGUCGUAAAAUAAUAAAUUGGAGUAUAAAAACGAAAUUUUCAUCGAAAAAUUUAAAACUUCAUACAUUUAAUGGAUCGAAACUACCGAUUUUGAAGACGAAUAGUCAUAGUAAGACAUCAAAAAGGGGUUUUUUUAAGAUCUUAAGGAAACCAACGAAAGAAGAUUUGAAGGUGUUAGAUGAUAUCCCCGAUCAUUUUAAAUUAAUCCACAGGAACACAAUGGAGCGUUAUAUAUUAUACACUCAAAUAGGAACGUGUUUAUCAAUUGUAAUUGUUGUGAUUUUCUGUAUGUUUUCCAUCGAAUCUCCGACGAAAGAAUUGAAAUUUUUAGGCGAACAAAAACACGUCCCUCGAUCGACACAAAACGAAUUAGAAAUCUACUUGGCGAUAUUCGUCGCCCUGGUGGUAAUAUUACAAUUUAUAAUUUUAAAGAUGCCUUUGAGAAUAUAUUAUUGCUGCAAACAGAAGAAGUACAUACUGAUUUUUCCUACGAAUUUACCGUUUACUUAUAGUAGAAUGACAUGUGAGGUGGGAGACUUGGAAAAGUUGCCUUUACAGGGGAUUUUACCGUGGAAAGACGCUAGGUUUAGGAUAAAAGACAGAAAUAUCAUACUAAUUGAUGAUCACUUUAGAAGGCCUGCAGAUUUAUCGGUUAUGAUGGGAAUUCAAAAGGACCCCGAUAGUGAGGACUAAUGUGCAAUAUUUGUUGUAUCCUCCAGUAUAUAAAUGAGUUUGAGUUCCACUUGAAGUUAUGUAACUGAAAAGUCGAAGAUAAGGAUAUUAAAACAUGAUGUUAAAUAAAUAUUUAAUGGUUUCCUAUGUUUUUUUUUUAAUUAUAAAUACAGUAGUCUCAAAAAUAAAGAUAACAUCGAUAAUUGAUUCAGUUCUACAGUAUAUUUGAAUAAAUUAUGAAAAUAUAAAAGCCAUUUGCUGCAUUGGAUAUGAAGAAAAGUUUUUUUUAUCAUAAUUGACAUGCAAUUGUAUUUUAAAUUAAAAAAAAUUUAAAUAACAAGUUAAAUUAAUAUGUAAGACAACAUUCAGUGGUAUAUUCACUUAUUAGUGGAAAAACAACAACUUUAUUUGCUUUUUUGUGAUUAAUAAAUAAAUUUCGUUAGUUUUGGCACUUUUCGUAUGCUUUUAUAUGAAAAUAAAAUUUUAAAUUGUACAAAACCAUCAAAAUCUUUUGAUAAUUUGCUAGAUUUCUUAUAGAAUUAAAAAAUUCCAUAUUUAACAAGUUAAUUGACUGCAGUAACAAUUUUAAUGCAUAAAAAGUUUUAAAAGUAAAAAUACAACAACUUUAUUCGCCUUUUUAUGAUCAAUAAAUGAAUUUUGAUACUUUAGGUACUUUUUAGAUGUUUGUAUAUGAAUAAAAAGUUUCAAAUUUUAUAAAAUCCUCAAAUUCGAUUAAUUUAUAUACUAUACUCCCUUUUCAAAAUUUUGUGUUAUUUCUCCAAAUUUAUAACAGAAAUAACAAAUGACACGUUAACUGACGUGCUAUAACAAAUUUUAAUGAAUUAGAAGUUUUAAAAGUAAAAAAACGACAAGUUUAUUUGCCUUUUUGUUUACAAUAAACGAAUUUUGAUACUUUUGGCACUUUUCGGAUGUUAUUAUGUCAAAAUGAAGAUUCGAAUUUUAUAAAAUCCUCAAAUUUAUCGAAAUUUUGUAAAUUUAUUUCAGAAAUUAAAAAUUUAUAUUUAACACGUUCCCUGAAGUGCUAUAACACAUAUAAAAAAACCUUUUUGAAUAAUUGAAAUAAUAAAAAACGAAACAUUUAGUUUUGGGAGAUUCAAAGGGUUUUAUUUUCAAAUAGUUGCUACCUGGGAUGGUUUUACAAGAAAAAAAUUGGUUUUUUCGAAAAAAAAAAAAAAUAUCUACCACAAAACCAUUUUUGACUUAUUUUACCACAAAACCAUUUUUGACUUAUUUGAAUGCAUGUAUGGAUAGAAUACAUAGAUUUAAAUCAGGUGGUGUAUAAAUGGCCAGAUAAAUAGUUUUUGGAAUCAAAGUUGGAACGUCCGGCAGUAAACGUGUUAAAAUUUUUAUUAUCUAUAAAUAAAUUUAGUUACAUAAUAAUGUAUUCACAUAAAAUCAGCUGUAGAAUUUGGAAAUUCCAUUCGAAAGAUGAAAACUUGAUUCAGAAAUUGAAGAACUGAUCAAUUUACAAAAAUGACUACUAAUUGACUAAAAUGGCUAUCGGAAAAGCCAAGCACUAUGAAAUUCAAAUACUAAUGCGCAUUUUAGACCCACUACUUUAAGGCUACUUUGUAUCACAUUUGGUAUAGGAAAAUAAUUUGACUGUAAAUUUUUGAAGUAGCUCGGAGAUUCGUUCAAAAAAAAUGUAAAAUCACAAUGAAAAGUUAUUUGUAUGUGCCCACCUCUAUUAUUCAAUUUGUGUAUGUAUAGAGAUGAAAUAGUUUAAAAAUUAACCGACGCAUGGAACUGAAUUAAAAUAAUCAUUCGUCCACCUCUUUUAUUUGAUAUGUACCUAUAUAGAGGUGGCUGAAAAAGUAACUGUUGCACGAAACUGAAUAAAAAUAUUCACUUUUCCAACUCUAUUAAUCAGUUUCUUUAAAUAUAGAGGUGGUCGCUUUAUAGAAAUAAUUUUUUUUGUAUUUACCCACCUCUAUUAUUUAAAUUGGAUUUAUGUAGAGAUGGCUGUUGAUAAAAAGAAACUGUCGCACGGAACUAAACUGAAAUUUUCAAUCGUCCACCUCUCUAUUCUUCAAUUUGUACUUGUAUAGAGGUGGUUAUUAAUAAACAGUAACUGACGCGCCGGACAGAAAUAAAAUUGACUUGACUUUCUGUAAAUGUAGAGGUGGUGGUUUAUAAAAAUAACAGUUUAUUUUCACAGAACACUAUGAAUAAUAAAUAAAAUGCAGAUCUCUUUUAUAUUUGGGCUUAAAGUAAAAAGUUUUUGAGUCUUAUCUUAAAAACGAACGUAAAUAUACCGGGCGUGAUUUAAAUAUACCUAAUUUGCUAAUUCCUACAAAAUUUUCGUAAUAUUUUUAUAUUAGGUAUAAUUUAAUUGGAUAUUUGAAACUUAAAAGUAAUUUUUGUAUACGGGGGCGUAAACGAAGUAACUGUUAUUAUUUCACCAAUUACAGUGUUGUCAAGUAUACUAUUUUUGUUUAGACCGUUUUCAAGGUGGCAAAACUGAAUUGCACGUGAUAU